AUGAAUAAGAUAGAGAAAGAAGUUGCACUUGAGAUGAAAUGCUUAUCAGAUACAGAAAUAGAGCUAGAGAACAAUGAUAUCCUUUCUGAUACGGAUAUAGUUCAGUUUGUUAUUCCUGAUAGUAGAAGGUCUAAUUUCAACAGUAUAGAACAUAAUAAAACUAUAAAUCGAUUUGACUGCAAGGAAGAAGGAUGGGUACAUAGUAUAUUAGAAGGCAUAAAUUCAGUUUUCUUGUACUGCACGGUUUGGAUGCAAGGAUGGAUUCCUCUUUUUUUAGUGUUUACAUCCACUAUAUACAUGACAGAUAGUUUUUCAGGUAGUGAAUACAGAAUACAGUUUUUUUCGUUUUUAUCAGGUUUGUUGUUCUUUACAUUAGUUCAGAUUAUCUGCUCUUCUACUAUUAAGAGUAGAAGUUCUAUGAGUGUCAAUGGGUUUUAUUAUUUUCAAACAAUUGAAUAUGCUAAAACUGCUGCCUUUCUGGCCUACCUCAUUGUAUUCUUUCAUAUGCUGCAUAUGAUUUCUAAUGAGCGGCAGCCGCAGUCAUACAGUGACAAUGUGACUUUUGAGAGAGUUCUUAAGAUUAUUUGGCAUGCUCUUUCACUUGUUUUUAUUAUGGGUUUGUAUAACAUCCUAUACUUAACACUUUCUUUCCUUAGUCAGUACAAAAUUACCCGAAAUUCAUUUAAAAAGAUAUAUUCAAACGGGACAUCCAUUAGUACUUAUAUAUACACAUUUGUGCCAGUUAUACUUUGCGUAUUGUUUUGGUUUUCUGGAUUUAUCUGGUAUGCACAUAUAUUUGCAAACCUGGAAGUUCCAAUUUUAAACCUAAGAUCAUAUAAUGCGAAUGACAGAAUAAGAUUCGAAUGGCCAUUUUAA